GCGGUUGCACUCACAAAAACAACUGGCGUUGCUCAGGUUUCACAUUUUAAUUGUGAAAGUUUUUAGGAAGUCAGGCAGUCGUACCGUCAUGCAAAUGAAACCUGAAACGACCGACCUGUUGUGACAGUUCGUGUGAAGUCCAAAACAGGUUAACAAAACACUAUGGGCCAAUGGAUUGUACAGAUAACUGUGCUGUUUCUCUUCAUCUGUCGCAACCAGGCAAAGAGGGACCCGACAUUAUACUGUUCUGCUUGCCGCGCAAUUGUGGAUGAAUUGAAUCACUCAAUCGACCAGGUGGACCCAAAGAAAACUAUUAAUAUUGGCAGCUUUAGACUCAAUCCAGAUGGAACCAUGAAAGACAAAAAGGUACCUCUGGCUCGUUCUGAGACUCACCUCAGUGAGCUCUUGGAUGGAGUUUGCAAUUCCAUGAGUGACUAUGCCCUCCACGUGGACCCUGAUACACAGAAAAAACAAUACAUAAGGUUUGCACCUCGGAGCAGUGGGCCCACUGGGGACUUCCCUGACCUUAAAAACUUCCAGUUCGACGGACCUGAAGCUCCCAAUGCCUUGAAGUUCGCAUGUGAAAUCAUUGUAGAGGAGCUAGAGGAUGAUAUCAUCGCUCUUUUCAGCCAGAACACAGAGGAUGCGCAAAAGGAGUUAUGCAACAUUGUUUCAGACUACUGUAACGACGCCAGUAAAAGAAAUGAUGAGUUAUAGUUUUUAUGUUUAAAAAAAAAAAAAGUGUGACCAACUUUGUUUAAAUGAAAUGGAAAAUCAAACCUCCUUUUGUUUGUUUUUAAAAAGGAACUUCUGACAAAUGAAUAAAUAUUUUAUCAAUAUUUUUCUGAAGUUUAUAAUUAAUGCUUUGUGGUGAACAACUAGUAAACUUCUAAUAAAUUGAGUGCAUGAACGUA